AUGUCUUGGUUGCCUGGUGAUAUCAGGCAAGAGCUCUUGGCAAUGGGCAAUUUGCUGAGAGCAAGGCCUGGAGUUCAUGAGCUUGAAAGUAAGCUCUGUGAAGCUUUGAAGAGAAAGCUUGGGAACAUGAGUGGCCUGACUAGCUCUGAGCUAGUUGCUUGUUAUGAGACCUUGCAGGCAGCCAAUCUUCCAGACAAGUUGAACACAGAGCUGCUGAAAGCUUUUGAUGACUUGGCAAUCCAAUGUGACCAACCUCAAUCCAAGGUGUUGGCAUCAUCUGGCCAGGAAUGCAAAACCUUCUACAAAUAUUUGACUUCCACUGACCUGGAUGAGCUGGAGAAGAGCUCUAUGUGGGAAGGUUGCCAUGUGCUUGCCAAGCGCAUGAAAGCACUUGGCAUUUGUGGCAUGAAGGAGUCAUUGAAGAAAUGUGCUUUGGGCAUACUUGUCUGGCAUGAGAACCAAAGGUCAAAGAAGAUGCCUUGUGCUGAACUGGUCUACUCACUGGCCAGGCAUGUGUUUGAUUGCCUUCAAUCUGCACCUGUGCAGGCUGCCAGUGGAACUGGUACAGCUCCUGGUGAUGCCAAGGGUAGAAAAUCCUUGGAAGAGUUUGAAAUGGAAAAUUUGGAAAAGCUGAAACAAAGGGAUGAAGGCUGGCAGACAUGGUACUCAGCAGAGCAGUUCGUGAGGAACUGCCAGGGCAACAUGAGGUUCACUGAGGAGCAAAUAAGGGCAGCAGUUGAGAGGAUAGCUGCCAAGGUGGAUGCUGAGGAAGCCCAAUAG